ACACUUACAGGCUACGAUACUAUUACUCAGAAAGUUGCAAAGAAGCCUCUUGAUGGCAAUAUGCUGGCAGUAGAGCAAGUGCCUGUUUGUCACUGCGUGCAAGUAACAGGGUUCAACAGGGCAAAGACAACCGAGGAUGCCCUUCGUUACUAUUUUGAAAAUCCCAAGAGCGGUGGCGGUGAGGUCAGAAGCGUAAAACUGAAUAUAAAGGACGCCUGGGCUUUAGUUUACUUCGAGAACCCAGAGGGUAUGUAACGUCAGAGCAAAGAUGUCUUUCGUAGCCUGUUACCACUUGAUUUGCUGCCUGCGGGAAAUCGAAAUAAAGCGUUUUUUUGUUUCUUGUUUUAUUGCAGUUGUUAAUGGUGUCAUGGCCAAGGAGCAUACACUCGAUGGAGCGCGGCUGGAAGUUAAGCACCACAACCCUGUCCUUGGCGAACCAGCCUCUCUACCUGAUGUUAUUGAGCUUGAUAAACAAAUCCAGGUGGAAGGCCAAGUCAUGCAGUUUGUUUUUGACCGUCAUAACACUGAUUUUGCCCGACUCCAAGAUAAACAUGGCGUCAAGGUACGCUGGGAAGAUGGGUCCAACAAUAUAACUGUCUACAAUUUGGGAACCGAAACUUCUGAAGAUGAAUUUAAAGAUGCGUGCAAAGAAAUUGAAUUUUUUGUCGCUGCGUUUCAGACAUACACCAUGCAUGUCACCCCAGAAGCCUGGCAGGCUGUUGUGGAGCAUCUCAAGCAAAAUAAAAGCUCCUUGAACGACAGCAUGAACGUGGAGUACCUCGAUGAGCAGUGCAAAAUUCUUUUAGCCGGGAAGAGGAAAGAUGUAGAUGAAUUAAGGGACGAAUUGAGUGAUCUGGAGAUCGAGGUACGGAAACAAUUAGCACUGGAAGCAUCUAAAAUAACAAUCACCGUUGAAGAAGUUCCGCGACAACGCCUAGAGUUCUUGCGUGACUACGACUUUCACAAAAAACUCGAAGGCAAAUAUGAAAACACAAACGUGGACAUUUUUGUUGACAAAUGUGAAGUUCAUAUUCGAGGACCUUCUCUUGUAGCUGAAAAGGUAAGAGCGGAUAUUUGGCAAGCAAUUUCUAGGGUGAAGAUAUUAACCCUCGGAAUGUCUCAGAAUGCAAUUGAAGUGCUUAAAGGGAGAGCUUGUCAGUCAUUCAUGAAAGAGCGAUUUCAAGCCAACAAGUUGCAAGCCCUUGUAACCUUUGAUGUUGAAGAGGGAGAAACGUCCACAAACACCGCAGCCGUCAUGGGGAUGAGUUCUGAGCUAGCUCAAAAGGCGUCACGCUUAGUGAAAGCAAUGAUUGCCGAAGAAAGCGUUGUCUUAGAAGAUGAUCAGGUUCAGGUGGAAAAAAGUGAAAAAUGGCGCAGGUUUAGGGAUGAGCUCAGUGAAAAUUCGAUUGUCAGCAUCAUGUUUGAUAGAAGCAGCAAGAAGUUGCAACUUGCGGGCAAAAGAGAGGAUGUUUCAAUUGCACUAAAAAGUGUCAGACGUUUCCUGAACGAGAACACAAUUAUCAGCAAGGUUUUGGAACUUCCCAUAGGCUGUAGGCGGUUUCUGGCGAAGCACCGGGAACAGAAGCUUCGCCAGAUACAGGAAGAAUUAAACAAGAGUUCUACGGUCUUUAAGGGGAUAGCUGAAUGUGACGAAGAUGGUUUCAUAGUUACUGGACCAAGAGAUGGAGUUGAAAGGGGAAUGAAAAUGAUCCAAGAUCUGGCUUCAACUGUUGAACAAAAGAAGAUUCCUGUUAACAAACCUGGAAUGCGAAAAGACCUCAAUCGCAUUAAAGGAAAGAAAAUGUUGGCCUUACUGGAAAGUGAAAACAAGUGUGUGAUUGAGUAUUUUGAUUCCGAGAAAGACAUCUCGUCAAGUAGCGUUAACAGAGAAGAGAGGAGAAACGCAAAGAAAUUAAACGUGGAUUACGAGUGCAGCUUCCUUACGCAAGGGGGUAAAAGCAUCAAGGUGUUCAAGGACAACAUCUGCGAUCGUAACGUGGAUGUUAUUGUUAAUUCAGCCGACAAAAAUCUGGAAAACAUCUCGACUGGUGUCGCAAAAGCUAUACUUGAUGCUGGUGGAGAAGCCAUCCAGGAAGAAUGUGACAGUUUAAUCGUCGAACAAGGUUCCAUUUUGGAAGGUCACGUUGUCACUACGACUGCUGGAAAGUUGCCUUUCAAGAAAGUCAUUCAUGCAGUGGGGCCAUUUUGGAGAAAGGAAGCAGCGCGACAAAAGUCAAUGGGAAAGACUCCAAAUGAGGAAAUGUUCCUUCGCUAUGCAGUGAGUAAUGCCUUGGAUGCUGCAAAACACUUCAGAUCAAUAGCCCUCCCUGCUAUAAGCACAGGAGCCUAUGAAUUUCCUCGUGACCUGUGCGCAAACAUUAUGGUCGACGCAACACUGGCGUUUUUUGCAGAAAAUCCAGGCUGCCAGUUGUCCGAGAUUCAGUUUACCAGCAAUGACGAUGCAGUUGUCAAAGCUUUUGUCACCGAGAUGACAACUAGGUUUGGGGAAGAUCCCAAUUUUGAACAUUCUUCGAAAGGGAAAGUAGCAUCAGAAGUAAGCGGCAAAGUAAAACGCAAAAGAAGGAAAGAGAAAAAGGCAGCUCCUUCAACGCCACUAGCUGUCUCUGAUAUAAGCCCUCAAAAAACUCAAUCAAAUGAGAUGAUGUCAGCAGAAGGUUUAAAAGUGGUUGUUGUGCCUGGUGACAUGACUCGUGAAGAGGUGAGUCAUUGCACCCUACUUUAUUUAAACAGCAUCCGAUCCGUAAAAUUCACAGCUCCUCUUUGUAAAGAGUUCCUAAGGGUUUAUGGGCAAAGUUAGACUGCUUAAGGGGAAAAAUGAAAGGAGUACUUGUAGACCUAGAAGUAAUUUUUAAAACAGAGAUCUUUUGAACGUAUAAUAAACAUUCAGCUUAACUUAAAGUUGGUACUCAAUAAUCACCAGUGAACAGACAACUAGAUAUCGCUUUUAACAAGUACUGCAAAAUAUAAGUUGCUACUUUUUACGCCGUAGAACAAGUGUUUCAUCCGAUAACCUAAGACAUAAAAGAGGAUCGAAAAAACGAGAAAAUGACGAAACUUUCCGUACCACCAACUUCAGAGGUGUCUGGAUAUUGGACAACUCACCCUUGAGAGUCUUUGACAUAGCACCUCAUUCCAAAUGAUCCAUAAUAUUAUCCGCAACACUGUAUGAUGAUUCAAGUAUCCGAUAUGCGUCGUGAUUUCUUAUCUUCUUUUCAUGAAAAAUGUUUAAAGAAAAAAUACCCAAUUUUAAGAGCAAAUUACUAUUUUACUGCAGUUGCUUAUUCCCAGAUAGCUAGAUUGUAGACUUGCUUUUUAUCCAGGUUGCAUUUUAACACGCCCCAAGUGUUUUCACGCUGCCUGUUAUACUUUUUACUUUCUUCGUCGUAACCUCUUCAUAAAUUAGUUGACAAUAACUUUACACAAUUUAACUAAAUCACGAUUGAGUAUGAUGUUUUAUUGCUCCUUUCACAGGUUGACGCCAUUGUAAACUCUACCUCCUCAGACCUAGAUCUCAGUAGAAACGCAAGUGCGAAAGCUCUGUGUGACGCAGCUGGUCCUACGCUUCAGCAGGAAUGUACGGCAAUUGGUAAAGUAGAAACUGGAAAUAUUGUGGUGACCAGAGGAGGAAAUCUGGGAUGCAAGCAUGUAUUCCACUCUUCGUGUGCUGGGUGGGAAAAUGGAAAGGGUGAAAAGGUACAGUAAUUUACUUUUUUCUCUAAAACACAUUCAUAAUACCAGAUUUCGUUUUAUGUAAUGUCCCAAUUCCUUUUUACAAUGUACCAUGACUUGCUAUAAAUUUUUCGCCAAGAUCUUUGUUUUGAGAGAAACUCAGUCUAUAACCAUCCAAACAAAGAUGCACGUGUAUGAAUAAAUAAAAAUAUAUUGUUACAAACAUUUUACAACAAGGAUUCACGGUGGGAGAGGGAGGAGUCUGUUGUCUCAAAAGCAAAAUACGCGUCUUUUAAUCCAGAGCUGCUAUCCAGACGCCAUUUUUUUUGUGUGUAAUGGGACAACUACCAACACAAACAGUCUAUCCGGUAUAGUAACGCUUUACCAUCUGUUAUUUCAGGUUUUGCGCGAUAUCCUACAGAAGAGCUUGAUGGAAGCACAGAAACUAAAUCUUCUAAGUAUUUCCAUACCUGCCAUUGGAACUGGAAACCUUCAGUUUCCUCGCGAUCGAGUUGCUACUAUUUCCUUUGACGAGGUACUGACAUUUAGUAGAAACAAUCCAAGCAGCUGCGUGAAAGAGGUCCAUUUGGUAGUUUAUGACCAAGACUUGCCCACAGUUCAAGCCUUCCAAACUGAGCUACAAAGUCGUAAAGGAAACUCCUCCCACACAGUGACACCGGCAACAGCAGUAAAUGAAAAGAAGAAACCCAAAAAGUCGCGUGGAUCGGCUGCAAAAAAGUCUCACCCUGAUGAAUCACCUAGUGAAGAUGACCGCUUUUACAUAGUCCCAGAAGAAUUAGAUUUAUUCAAACCUGAAGUCGAAAUGGGUAGUGUCACUGUUCAAGUUGAGACUGGUGACCUCACCAAAGAGGUAACAGAUGCAAUCGGCACAUUAUCAAAUAAAGAAUUAGAUGUUGCAUAUGGAGGAGGUGUCGGUAAGGCAAUUAUUUCUGUUGGAGGAAAAGAAAUUCAAGCAGAAUGCUCUUCUCUGGGUACCCAACCACCAGGUUCAGUCGCAGUUACCGGGGCAGGCAAAUUAAAAGUGAGGAAGAUUUACCACAUGGUGCCAGAAGAACUGACGAUGGCUUCUAUUAAAGAUUGCUUCUUGAAGUGUCUAAAAACAGCCGAUGUUCACGGGAUGACCUCCACAUCUUUUCCAGCAAUCGGAACUGAAAAUGUCCAAGUAGGCGUAAAAGAAGCAGCCAAAGAGAUGUUAGCUGCAAUUGCCAAAUUUGCUCGGGGACAGCCAAACUCACUCCAUCUCAUACGAAUCGUCGUCUAUCAAAGACACAUGUUUCACGAUUUUCGCAGUGCAAUGCAAUCAUUUGUCUCUUCGACGGAGGGAGGGCAAGGUAUUUUGUCCAGGAUUGCUGAUCUGUUUGGAUUUGGAAAAAGUGGCUCCCCUUUGUCAGUAAAGAGGGGAGGUCAAGAAGUUGGCAGCUACUUACAAAUAUUUGCCGGAACCAAGCAAGACAUCAAAAAAGCUGAAGAAGAAAUACAGAGAGAUUUGGCUGAUAACUGCACUAAGAGAGUGAUUAAAGACGAUGCCAUUAGCCACCUUUCCGAGGAACAGAAAAGUAAAAUACAUAACCUGCAAGUUACACACGACGUCAGUAUCAUGAUAGAAGAUUACAUCGGUCGCAUAUCCGUAAGAGGCGACGCAGAAGACGUGCUAGAUGUGGCCACAUCUAUCCUAAAAAUUUUGACUGAGUACAUAGAGGAAGAGCACAGUAGAGGAAUCGGAGAACUCCUGUGCAAAAACACGCAAUGGUACUAUCAAGAAGACGAUGAGGAGGAUUGGCAGCCAUAUGACCCAAAGGAAAACUUUCAGAUAGAGACCGCACAUAAGGAUGGUCAAAAAUCGGUGCGUUUAAUCAUUGAUGGUGCCAGGUGUGAGAUUGUUUUCAAAGACAUGAAGGAAACUUGUAUGGAAGAUGGAGAAGAGAGGAAUGUGAAAAGGAAGGAGAUCGGAAAAGGUAAUUAGUUCACUUGAUUACUACCCGGACAGAACAGUUGAGGAUUGAGUUCAAUGACAGUGAUUUUAGUGCUUGAACAAAACUUCAAGAAAUAGCAGCAAACCAAAAAAAGCGCACUUUUUAAAUAAACAAACAAACGAAAGAACAGUGUUAAUAUUUAGUCCAUAAAAAAGCGAGGAAAAACAUCUAGCCUUGUCGAGCUUCACGCAAAAAUCAUCGCAUUGUUGCGAUGUAUCUAAAUGCUUAUUUUUGGAAGUUUUUUACAUUUUACUGAAAAAAAUACUUUACAAUUUUUGAAAUACAUUUUAUGAGGGAGAAGUUAAAUAUCCUUCUUAUAGACAGACUUCGUCCCAUAAACAACAGUCGAUACUUGGACGGAUCAACAAACUCAAGGUGUACCGAUAAAGACUGUGCUUGGCGCUAAACGAUAAAGCUAAUGAUUUUACAGAGCAAGGGAGAACAGUGCUAUAUAAAUCCAAGUUAAGUUCUUAAGGACUUUAUCCAAGUUGAGAAAGAGAAAGAAAAUUUCGUGAUCGUGUGUUGCCGUCCCCCAUUACGACGAAUUACGAAGUUGGUCGCCAAGGAAAAUGUCCUAAAAGGUGUGAUGCACGUGCAGAUCUCUUAUUUGACUCAUUGAACCCUGUAAGGAGCUAGGGGAAGCUUCUCCUUGCAGUCCUUGUUAAACUCCCUCAAUCAUUGGUGCAAAAACGAUGUCGAUACCCUACUUCAAGUUCUCUUUAUCUGAUGAAUAUUACAGGCUAGCACGCAUGCGUGCAUGGCAAGAGAACUAAGUUCAAUUUUACGAGCACAGCUAGGGAACUAAGUUCGAUUUUAUUUCUAUGCAUAACGAAAACUAAAAUAACUGCGUUACCACCUAGCAAGGAUACGUUGAAAUUAAGUGAUAUUGGAAUAACUUUAUUGUCUUCUAUUUUACCUUUAUUUAUUUUUUGUUUUACACAGGUGUUCCACUACCUCUUAACUGGUAUGUACAACCAAAGAAUAGUUCAGGCACUGAAAAAGACGUUUAUUUAGUUGAGCUUGAUCCUACUAACAACCCGAUCGAAUACAACAAAAUAGCAGAAGGAAUACGCAAAACUGCUUCGAUCACGAUCACUAAGAUCGAGAGAGUGCAAAAUCCUGGCCUUUACAAGGCAUACGUGGUCAAAAAGGAGCAGAUGGAACAAAAGAAUGGAGCCAAUGAAAAGUUACUUUUCCAUGGUACUGCUCAAGAAAGUUGUUCAAGCAUUAGCACGUUUGGUUUUAAUAGAAGUUACUGUUGGAAAAACGGUAAGUCAUCAAUCAAUCAAAACCUUUAUUUAAACACGAUGAGGGUUAAAGCUUGGUAGCUUGAGGAGUCGUGUAUAAAAAGAGUAACUAGUUCAAAAGAGAGGAUAUAUAAUUACAUUUAUGUUUCAACUAAUAUAAGUUUAAAAACGCUAGAAUUAAACAAUAAAAACAUCUUAAAAUACUUUGGAAUUAACUCUUCUAAACAAUUUCACAGAACAUUCGACAGUGAAACUAUCAGAAACAUCUAAAACGUCUUACGGUACAGGUUACUAUAAUCCGGCAAUAUGUAUAGUUGUAUUCGACUCGUGUACGUGAAUGCUUUUAUUAAAACUACCCAGGGAUACUGCUCUGCGGCAAUCUCAUGGUAAAUGGUUCCAUAGAAUGUUCCCUCAAUAGGCUAUUGAAGAUUCAUGGUAUUUGUUCAAAAAGAUGGAAUAACUACAUGUAUCAGAUGGCGUUUUCUUAAAUUAUACGAUGGCUGGAACUUUGAGAUAUGUAGUGACAAUCAGGACGGCGAGGCAGUUGUCCCUUUCUUGACCUGUUUGAA